AUGCACAUCACAACUGUAGGCACCUCGAUCUGGAGAGUCAGGGCUCUUCGACGGAUUAUUGUUAUUCUGGAGGAAGUAGACGCCUUUUUAAACAUCCAUACCAAAAUGGAUUUUGGUCUAUCAGAAAUCGUAGUCACUUGUUUAAACUUCCUUGUCCUUGUUUGGCGAUGUUAUAAUACCCAAUAUAUCAUCUAUGCAGUGCUUAGCGUUAUUCUUGUAACAAACGUUUGGUUGGCAAUAUCACAGUUUUCAGUUUUGGCCUCUCUCAUAAACAGCAGGUUAGAAGGAGCUUGCGAGUCCUUGGAUGAACUCAAGACGAGAUCCGAUUCGCCUUACAAAGAUCACAAAGUCGUCAUACUUUCUGAUGUCCACAACAAGCUCUGCGAUGCCAUCGAGAUCCUCCAUACUGCCUUCGCUUGGCUGCUAACUGUAUUGGUCGCUGUGUGCUUUGUAGGAAUCACUGUAUUCACUUUCUACACAUAUGGAGUCCUAAAACGGAAUGAAGACUUUGACAUUCUCCUGCUGUUCCAAGAUGAGACAGUAUUGUGGGUUCUUUCCUUUUUUACCAUCACCUGGAAAAUUGCUUCAGCUUCAUCAGAACUUAGUAAAAAGUCUUCGGAAUGUUCUCUUUCAUCCUGCAUAGAGGUCGUUACAGGAGAUCAUAUUCUUUGGUAUCCUAUCAGUAACAGCCACGUUGUCAAUCGGUUUAUUUCGUCAUUACCACUCUUCCAGGAGAUAACAGGACAAGAGUUUCUUGCAAAAGCGGAACUAAUUAUGCUGUUAUGCUUUAUAAACAGCUUGUCCAUGAUGCACAUCACAGCAGCGAGUACUUCGAUCUGGAGGGGCAGAGCAGUUAGGGAGAUCAUCGAUAUCCUCGAAGAAGUAGAGGCCGGUUUAAACAACCGCUCAAAGAUGGAUUUCGGUCUAUCGGAUCUUGUAGCCUCUUGUUUGAACUUUUUCGUCGUUGUUUGGCGAUGCUGUAAUUCUCAGGGUAACAUCGUCUGGGCAUUGUAUUUUUCCGUUCUGUCCAUAUACUUAUGGUUAGUAAUCGCACAAUUUUCAGUUCUGGCCUCUCUCAUAAACAGCAGGUUAGAAGCAGCUUGCGAGUCCUUGAAUGAACUCAAGAUGAGAUCCGAUUCGCCUUACAAAGAUCAGAAGGUCGCCAUACUCUCCGAUGUCCACAACAAGCUCUGCGACGCCGGCGAGAUCCUCCAUACUGCCUUCUCUUCCCUGCUCACUAUAUUCAUCGCUGUGUGCUUUGUAGGAAUUACUGUGCUUACCUUCCAUCUGUAUUCGAUCAAUAAACAGAUCAAAAACUCUGACAUCCGUCAAAUACUUUUAAAAGAUGACAGGACAUUCUUGGCCAUCAUGCACAUCACAACAGCAAGUACCUCGAUCAGGCGAGUAAGGGAUCUUCGUCAGAUUAUUGGUAUCCUCGAAGAAGUAGACGCCAUUUUAAACAUCCACUUGCAGUUGGAUUUCUGUCUGUCAGAUUUUUUGGCACUUUCUUUAAACUUUCUUGUCAUUUUUUGCCGAAGUCAUCGUGCCGGUUAUGAAAUUCGCGAAAUAUUUCUAAGCGUUAUUCUCGUAUCAAACAUUUGGUUGGCAAUGUCACAGUUUUCCGUUUUAGCAUCACUCAUAAACAGUAGGUUAGAAGGAGCUUGCGAAACUUUAAAUGAACUCAAGAUGAGAUCCGAUUCGCCUUACAAAGAUCAGAAGGUCGCCAUACUCUCCGAUGUCCACAACAAGCUCUGCGACGCCGGCGAGAUCCUCCAUACUUCCCUCACUUGCCUGCUCACUGUAAUGAUUGCUGUCAGCUUUGUAGGAAUCAUUGUGCUUACCUUCUAUAUGUAUUCAGACCAAGAACGCAACGAAAACUUUGAUAUUCGUCUUUUGCUAUUUCAAGAUGAGAAAGUAUUGUUAAUUAUUUCAUUUUUUACCACCAUCUGGAAGAUCGCUGCCUCUUCAUCAAAACUAACUCAAAAGGUUUUCAAUUUACCUAACUAUAUAUACAAAUCUGGUGCGACAUAA